ACUAGACUGCUGCUCCUGGUCCUGUUUGAGACUCUCUGGACUCUGUUGAUCCUGGAUCACUCUGUCCAGGUUCAGGUCUUGUGGUGAAUCUGGUAUCACCUCUGUUUGGGAGCGCUGGAGCUCAUCGUCCGGAGGGGAUUCUGGGAAAUCUUCCUCCAUCAUACUGAGAGUCUUCGUCUGAAAGAAUCAGAAACAGUCGGUGAAUCUCAUCCUCACAGACCCAAAGUAGGGCAGCCGGUCUGGUUUAAAGACUGGAGGCAGGAGCGGCACCAACCAGGACUCUGAUCUGAGUCAUUUAUCAACCUGCCUUAUCAAAGCAGUCAAAGUCUUCAGGACGGUUCAGAUCGGAUCGGGUCCAGCAGCAGCCGGAAGUCUGAAGCGGUGUUGAGGAUCUGGUCCCAGCAGCCCUGCGAUGCUCCCGGAUGCUCCUCCGCUGUUAAACCUCCUCCUCCUUCUCCUCCUUCUCUUCCCUCCUUUUCUCCUCCUUCUCUUCCCUCCGCUGUCCCGUGGAGACGCGCGCUUUCUCCGUCCGAUGUGAGUUGGUCGGUGCGUAAUAGUCCGGCUCCGUGCGCCGUCAUGUCUUAUCCUCAGGGUUUCCUGUUCCAGCCGUCCGUGUCUCUGGCUCUGCACUCCUCCUGCCCGUCCUUCGGUACCGGGGUCAUGUUAGGACCGAGGACGGAGGAGCUGGGUCGCUCCUCUCAGGGCUCAGCCUUCGCUCCGUACUCGGGACCGGCGACCUCUCCCGGAUUCAACUCCCACCUCCCGUACGGCGGGGAGCCCCGGGCCGCCGCCACCCUCAGCUCCUUCGUGAGUCCCGGCUAUGAUCCGUCCUCGGGACUCUCCAGCUCCUUGGACUACCACCCGUUUGGGGCCCUGGGGCCCUACCCGUACGGAGACCCCACCUACAGGAAGAACGCCACCCGGGACGCCACGGCCACGCUGAAGGCCUGGCUCAAUGAGCACCGGAAGAACCCGUACCCCACCAAGGGGGAGAAGAUCAUGCUGGCCAUCAUCACCAAGAUGACCCUGACCCAGGUGUCCACCUGGUUCGCCAACGCCCGCCGGCGCCUGAAGAAAGAGAACAAGAUGACGUGGACGCCACGGAACCGCAGCGAGGACGAGGAGGAGGAGGACAACAUCGACCUGGAGAGGAACGACGAGGACGAGGAGCCAGUGAGGCCGAACAACGAGGAGCCGGAGUCGAAGGGAGAAACCGCCCCCCGCCCCCCCUCCGUAGUGGACCUGAUGUUCAGGGACGACAGCGGCAGCGACACCGAUCGAGGUUUCACCGAUCCGGACUUUAAAGACUCGGGAGACCGGAGGCAGCCUCGCAUCCCGGGCCCUGCCUCCACGGGGGCGCCGCCUCCUCAAAACACCCCCCCGCCGGCACCGGAGCGCACGUCGAGCCCGCCAUCUAAAGAGCACACCAACUCCUGCGGCGCCAACCCGGCCCCCAAACCCAAACUGUGGUCGCUGGCUGAGAUCGCCACGUCUUCGGAUAAAGGAUCUACUGACUCUUCCCGGACCCUGUUCCCACACAGCCCCGCCCUCCCCCGACACCUCUACUACUCCUCCCCCUUCCUCCCCCCCGGAUACUCCGGAUACGGCCCCCUGGGGCCCCUGCACGCCAGCCCCGGCUCUCAGCUGGCCUCACAUCUAAAUGGAUUACAGCAGACGAUGCUGCAGAGGGCCGAGGCGGCGGCCAGAGACUGCCGGCUGCGUGGCCCCGAACUCAAGAAAGGCAUGACGAACACGUAGACCUGGACCCGGAUCUCACCGGGACCGGACUGUGUUUGUGGACCCGGGUGUGAGAGGGACCGGACUGUGUUUGUGGACCCGGGUGUGAGAGGGACCGGACUGUGUUUGUGGACCCGGGUGUGAGAGGGACCCGCUCAGGCCUCAGACUUUUAUUUAGAAACUCAAAUGUUUUUCUAUGUUGAUAAGAUGUAAUCUUUGUAGUGCGUUUCUGCACAGACCCUGAAGUGAAUCAUUAAAAGAUAGUUUUAUUAA